AAUUACCUCUGCCACGGUUUAUGGCGCUGAAAAAUGACAGUGAAGUACGUUAUGGGACUCCAGCAGAACUCCAUGGAGUUAAACUUCAGGUUCCACAUGCAACUUUGGAAAAAAACUCCUACAAGAGAACAGAUGAAGGGGACAAACAGGAACCCAAGUCUCCACCGAUGUCUCCAAUCUGCUCACCUCCUGCUUCUCCAUCUACUUACCAGAGAAUACCCUUAAGUUAUGGAUAUGGUAAAUCAAGAAGUGGGCUGGAGCAGCAGCAUGGAGCUCCUUAUGAAGCGAGACACACUACUCAACAGCAAGAUGGACCAUCAUCGGGGAAUUAUGGAGUCAAACCUGCACUCGCCUGUUCAACUCUUAAUCGGUCUCUUUCAGUGGAGCGGGAGCAGCAGGACAGCAGCGCUCACUACUCGGAUGACCCUUGGAGGAUAACAGAGGAGCAGCGAGACUACUACAUCAACCAGUUCAGGUCCCUGCAGCCUGACCUGAACUCCUUUAUUUCAGGUUCUGUGGCAAAGAAUUUCUUCACAAAAUCAAAGCUGCCCAUCCCAGAGCUUUCUCACAUCUGGGAGCUGAGUGAUGUGGAUUGCGAUGGGGCGCUGACGCUCCCGGAGUUUUGUGCUGCUUUCCACCUCGUGGUUGCGAGGAAGAAUGGUUACCAGCUGCCGGAGACACUGCCGGAGACGCUGCUGCCCGAAUACUUUCAAGCAGCUUCUUUGAAGCCCAUGCGUGACUGUGCACUAUUUGAUUCUUAUUCUGAGUCGUUGCCAGGCGGUCAGCAGACUCGGGACUUCAGUCGGACGGAGAAGACAUCAGCUGAAGAGGUACCUGAUAACUCUGCCCUGUUACAAGAUGGAAAGCAAGAUGACAAACAAGCUCUUAAAGUAAGCACUGCUCUCAAAACAGUACCAAAGGAAUUUCAGCACUUGACUGUGAAAACAGCUGCUCAGGAACCUAAUGCACUUAAAGCCAGACCACGAUCCAGGUCUUAUUCUAGCACAUCAAUAGAAGAUGCCAUGAAAAAGGGAGAAGAGCCCCCUACUCCACCUCCAAGGCCACAGAAAUCACAUUCCAGAGCUUCCUCUUUGGAUUUGAACAAAAUAUUUCAACAAAACACACAAGCUGUGAGGUCUGGCUGGCUGCCCCCACCACCGCCUGCACUACCCCCUCGACCUUCUGUACCUCAGAUGGAGCAAGCAUCUGAGGUUGAAUUACAUCCGCAGAUGAAUAGACCCCCGUCGCAGGCAGAAGAAAACAGUUCAGCAAAAAAG